CAGCGGCGGGCAGGAGCAGCUGCUGGCGGUGCCCGUCUUCCCCUCCAGUCGGGCGGCGGCACUUCUCCCCUUCGCACCGCCGCCGCUGCUGCUUCCCGCUCGGGCCCCUCUGCGGCCUGCUUGAUCGCCCCCGCCGCCGCCGCUCCCGGGAAGGGGAGGCUGGAGCCGAGGACCGGGCGGCCGGACGGAGACCGAGACGGCGCCCAGCCCCGCAGCAUUUUCACAUCCCCGACGAUGAAUCCUGUUUACAGCGCCGUUCAGCCUGGGGCCCCCUAUGGAAAUCCCAAGAACGUCGCCUACGCAGGCUAUCCUGCCGGAUACCCCACCGCAGCCCCCACCUACAACCCGAACAUCUAUUCGACUGGCCCAGGUUACGCCCCAGGAUACCCCGCUGGGACGCCCUACAAAGUCCCUCCAACCCAGAGUAAUAACGCCCCGCCUCCUUAUUCUCCGUCGCCCAACCCGUACCAGACAGCCAUGUACCCCAUUCGAAGUGCCUAUCCGCAGCAGAACCUGUACACCCAGGGGGCAUACUACACGCAGCCCUUCUACGCGGCGCAGCCUCACGUCAUCCAUCACACCACGGUGGUCCAGCCCAACAGCAUCCCUUCCGCCAUUUACCCGGCUCCCGUCACCGCGCCCAGGACCAACGGCGUUGCCAUGGGGAUGGUUGCCGGGGCGACCAUGGCGAUGUCCGCAGGCACACUGCUGACGACCCCACAACACACUGCCCUGGGGGCGCAUCCCGUCUCAAUGCCGACGUACCGGGCCCAAGGGACCCCUGCCUACAGCUAUAUCCCACCUCACUGGUAAUCCCAUCGGCCAGUCCAUAUCUGGAGUCGAGACAUCGGAUGCAACCCGGCGUGAUGAUGGAGCAGCUGCCCCCCAGCCUCCCCCCCCCCCGGCGGUGCCAGCAAAAGCGGAGCCCCGGUUUUAAAG